CUCUAUCGCUCUACUUAUGCAGCAGUAACUACUGCGAGCCAUUCAUGGCCGUGGUUUGGUGCAGAUCAUCAGGAGACUCGUGCAGAUCCCGUUCCUAAAAAAAGAAGAAAUUCCUUCGAUGAUGCUUUUUCCAUCUUCCUAUUCGAUCCAGAGCAUUACAAGAGCGCAACUGGCCGAAGCCCGGCUAAAGUAAGUGAGUAACAAGCACUUCUAUGACGAAUUCGCUCGUUUAUGUAAAAACAUUGUACAACCUUUAUGAUUUCAUUUACGCGCCGCACCCUCUCUUGUGCCUGAGGGCAACGAGAAGGUAGUUUACGUAAGUCGAUUUAUCGAUUUCCUGUUUCAGUUAACAUGGACGAUACCGACAAGGCAUGAAGCUCUUGCGGAAAAACAUCGACGCGGCGACCUCAGCUGGGUCGGUCGUCGUCAUUCCAGAGGAAUCAGAGGACAUGUGGCACCUGUACAAUCUGGUUGCAGUGGGUGAUCGCAUCACAGCCCAGACGUGGCGAAAGGUACUUACUGCUGCCCCGGGUUACUUUACAGUGUGUUACUCUAGUUCCAAAAAUGUAAACAUGGAGCUUUUUGUCCUGAGUGCUGCUGCCCCUACCUCUAGUGGUGUUUUCGCUCUUCGCUCCGUUUCUACCUCAGGCGGACAGAGGUACAUCAUGCAGCUUUUUGCCACAAUCCGCUAUGAAAAUUUAAACUUCUAUGUACAACAGAUCGAGAAAGCCCAAGCCACCGGAACAGUGAGCAAAGAGCGAAGACGGGUUCGGCUCACGAUCGAGAUUACGAAGGAAUCGGAGUACGACGCGGAGGGCGAUGAGCUGCGGUUUCCGGGGCAAAACGUCGAGCAACACGAGCACGUGGCGCUGGGCGCGUACCACACGAUCAGUCUCGAGUUGAACGAGAAAAUGACGAUUUACAAGGAUUGCUGGGACACGGUUCACCUGGACAUUUUGCAGGAGGCCUCGGACAUCCGAAAAGCGGCGGACACCUGCGUUUUACUGAUGGACCAGGCCCAGGGACUGGCGCAGUUUUUUUUUCUGUCGGGCGUGCUGGCCAAGGUCGCCUUCAAGGUGCAGGUGUUUUUACCGAAAAACCGGAGGUUCGAGAAGGCCAACUUCUCGAAGGCCCUGAAAAAGUUCUACGAAAAGAUCGUCGAGGGCAUCAAACUGCACGUCCACUUCGAGAACAUCAAGUGCGUGGUGCUCGCCGGGCCUGGGUUCCUGAAAACCGAAUUUCUCGCCUACCUGAAAGCGGACAACGGCAGGAACAUUGAGGCGCUCAACCUCGACGGCGGCGUGAAGAAGAUCAGCGAAAUUUUCUUCGAAGCUUCGUGCAGCACCGCGAACAAGCAGGGCCUCCAGGAGCUGCUGGAGCAGGAUGCCGUUGCGAAGCGCAUCGCCAGCACGAAGGCGGGCGAGCAGGUGCGGGCCCUGGACGAGCUCUACGAGCGACUGCAGAAGGACCCGGACCGGGCCUGUUACGGACCCGCCCAGGUGUCGGUGGCGCUGCAGAACGGCGCGGUGCAGAAGCUCCUUGUCACGGACGCGCUGUUCCGGCAAAAAGCGGAUCUGAAGGAACGCCAAAAGUACGUGAACCUAGUCGAUUCCUGCCGCUCGCUGAAUGGCCGGAAGGACUCCGUAGUCGUCUUCAGUUCGCAGCACGUGACGGGGGAAAAGUUGGCGGCAUUGUCGGGAAUCGCGGCCCUGCUCCGGUAUCCAGUAGACGAUUUGAGCAACUACGGCAGCAGCGACGAAGAAAUGGAGGAGGAAGGUGGAGUAGCAGGAAAUACAGACGAUCAUGUUGACAUAUCACCCACAAAUGGUGCAACUGCCACCAAUGUAAUGAGGACAAAUGAGGAAGCGACCUUGGCACAGGCUCUAGACGACGUGUUUGAAAUGUAACAACUACGACAUUCACGUUUUGCGACGCAUUUAGAACAUAAGGCUGCUUCAACGGUUACCGG